AAACGAAAAAAGACACUGAUGCAAUCACCCGUGAUUGCCCGUGAUUAUGAGUUCAGGUCACCCGUUUGAAGAAGACACUUAUGUUAGGGUUUAGGGUUUUAUGAGAACGCAAAGAAUGGGAAGGCACCGAAGCCGCAGUCGGAGCCACAGCCCUGUGCCAAGCAAGCGAUAUGAAGAGCCUCGCGACCGCCGUGCAGACCGCCAUUCCCCUGCUCCCUCUGGCCUUCUCGUUCGAAAUAUUUCUCUCAGCUCCAGGCCUGAAGAUAUCAGAGUACCUUUUGAGCGGUUUGGUCCAAUAAGAGAUGUUUACUUACCGAAAAAUUACUACAGUGGAGAACCUCGGGGCUUUGGCUUUGUGAAGUUUCGUUAUCCUGAAGAUGCAGCUGAAGCGAAGAAAUGCUUAAAUCAUACUGUCAUUGGUGGGCGUGAAAUUCAAAUUGAAUAUGCUGAAGAAAAUAGAAAGACGCCACAUGAAAUGCGUAGGCUAACCACAAAAACAAGUUACCGACAGAGUUCAAGAAGACACAGUCCGUCAAGAUCCCCAAGGCGGAGAUAUCACUCUGAUUCACGGUCACCCACUCCGGCACGACAAGCGUCAAGAGAUCGUAAAAGGACGGAAUAUAAUUCGCCUCGGAGAUCCAGAUCACUAUCAAGAUCUCUGUCCCCUAGGAGGAUUAAAACGUCAAAGGAAAGGCACGUGAGGCAGCGUUCCAGAUCCGUGUCCCGAUCCGCUUCUCCAAGUAACAGAUAUGCUCCAACUCGAAGUAAAAAAAGCAAUGGACAGGUUUCAUGUGAUGAUGAUUCUGCUCCAAAACAGACUUGAAACUCCAUCAUGGAAUUAACACAGUUGAUGUUGUUGGUUGCUGCAUGGUUCCUGACUUCCCGUGAAGUUCCAACUUGUAUGACGUCUUUACGCUGGAUGAUGGAUGUCUCUCUUGAAGUUCCCGUUGAGCUUCAUGUUUUGUGAAAUUACUACUACUUUGACCGUCUUGUAUCUGUUUGUGUUGGGGCCGUUGGGCUGUUGAAACAAGGAACUCAUUUUAUGGGAAUGUAAAUCCCGACUUCCUUUUUGUACUUCAUCCCAAAGGAAUAGUUUUCUAUUUGGGAUUUUUCGCUCGAAUACUAUUCAUUGCAAAAUUAGAUUCUACGUACAAAAAUAUGAUUACUUUUAAGUUUUAAAUUUUAAUACCCAAAAAUUGACUUUAAA